AACGAAUCUAAUCAGAGUGCACCUGCAUCCACGGUGUAUUGUAUGGUGGUGCCAUUUUUGCGACGUAGCGGCAAAUAUGCGAGACAUAUUUGCGCGCGCGCGCAUGGUGAUCAGCCGACACAUACGAAAGAACUACCGGCAGAGUUUGAAAGGAGACAGCACAAUUGGCACCAGUACGAGAGCGACGAGGAUAGCUAUGCGGUCGAGAAAUCGGUGCGGGUGGAAGGGACGAUCGAGUGAGCGACGAAGACGGACGUCACGAGUUGGACGAGUUAAGACAACACGUCACGACACGCUGGUGGGAGACAGCUAUGUUCUUUGCGAUGAAUACGGAUGAAAGGGUAGUAGAGGGAGGCGGGAAGAGAUAGAACGCGAGCGGGAGAAAGAGAAAGACGAGUGACUGAGUGAGUGAGUGAGUGAAUGAGUGAGUGAGUGAGUGAGUGAGUAAGAGAGAGAGAGAGAGAGAGAGAGAGGAGGUAUUGCCAGGCAGCGCGCACGGCAUGAACGUCCAGUGGCAUGUCUCAAACACUCGGCAUGCUCGUAGCUGUGACGUGAGGUGGUAAUAUCGUCGGAAACGAGAAAAUUGUCCGUGUACGAAACGUGAAAAACUUGGGGAAUAUCGUGCGCAGAAAACGAGAAGUUAUUCCCAGAUUGUGAAGAUACGAAAGGUAAGAGACUCGUCUCUGUUUCACCGAUCCGACCGGAGAUUAUAGCAGCGGACAGUUCGUGGUAUCAUCCUCGCCAUCGUCGUCGUCGAUCGCGAGUGCCAAGUCAAACGGGAACGCGAGAGUACGACUUGCAAGAGGGAAAGAAAAAGGGCAAAAAAACGGUAAAAGAGAGAGAAAGAGAGAGAAAGAGAGAGAGAGAGAGAGAGAGAGGGAGAUUCCUCUCUCUUACGCGCCGAGAGCGAGGGCAACGUCGAGUUCCCACAUUCCUGCGUGCGAAAAACGUCAAGAUCCGCUGCUCGGCAUUAGCAUUACAGCGGCGGCUAAUGCAAGGAGGAAAAGAGAACACGGUGAAACGUGGUUCACCGCUGGUGUACGGUGGUGUACGGAGCCGGCGCUGAACGCGCGUCGCUCGAAACGGGUCGCGGGCCGUUCCGCCUCCGCCACCGUUUUCUUCGUCGUCGUCGUCGUCGCCGUCACCGACCACAGAAUACAGACAGCAGCAGAUCCACAGUUGCAGUCACGACGUCGCUAUAGUGUUCGCGGCUGUCGAGUCUGUUGCGAAUCCCCGCGUCAGUCAGGUUAUCGGACGAUUACGACUGUCGAUUGUCGAUUACCGGUGCGUGUAGCGCGCCAGUUGCUGACUCGAGCGCGUGCCGUUCAGUGCGAACACUGCGAACGGUUGGACCUUGAAGGUGUCGGUGUCACUCCGAAGGGAAGGGAUAGGAGGAAGGAUGCUCCAAUACUAUCCGGAGGGGUGAAAAACGUGUGACGAUACAACGUGUCUUCGUCGUCGCAGUCAUUUCAUUCGUCGUUCGUGUGACGGAUAACACGAGUAGUGUCCGGGAAAUUUUGACAUAAGGUGUUCUGUUUUGUUUGUUUUCCUUAAUUUUCCUUUGUUGUGUUUAAAAGAGAGUUUUGAAGGAACGAGCGGGAAGAUCGUGCCGCAAAAUUCGAGAAUCGGGAGACUGUGCGGCGCGGCACGAAAAAGAGAUUCGUGUGUCGUGAGUGUGUCGAGAGAGGAACGAGGGAAGAAAGUAAAUAAAUAAAUACAUAAAAAAUAAAUAAAGAAGAAGGUGAAAUAUCGUUGCCGGUGAUUGGUGAUGGUGGUGGUGGUGGUACGCCAAGUGCACCUGAUCGAUGCACCCGUGCGAGGGCAACACUACGACACCGUCGCCGUCACCGUCGCUCGCCGCCUCGGGCUGCUCCUCGGCGGCUGGCUGUGUUAACGGUGGAAUUCCGCUCGAGAGGAAUCUGAAAGGCGGGGACUCUGACGUCACUCCGCUCAUAAUAAUGAGGUAUUCAUGAUGGCGGAGUAGUGCGCGCGAGUCAGAAAGAAAGAGACAGAAAGAGAGAGAGAAAGAGAGAGAAAAGCGCGUACACAUAUGCGAGUGUACGCUCCUGAUCACGCUUCUGUGUUCCCUCAGUGUGUGUACAAUACAUUUCAUCCGUCCUCGUCGCUGUAGCGGAGCCGCCGCCGUUCGCCGUCUCGCUCGAUCCCCUCCCUUCCCUCUUCCCCGUUCACCUGCCCUUCUACGGCCGGGUCGGCCGUCCUCUCGUUCCUUCUCUAUCCUUACCCCUCCUCUUCUCUCUCCAUCUUACGCUCCGCGUUUACCUGUCCCAUUCGCUCACCGUCACGUCGCGACCGACGUCGUCGUGCGAGCGUGCCCGCGUGCCGUAUAUGCGGCCGGAGAAGCGUGCGCCCGCAUCCGCGCUCGCGCCCGCGCGCACAGAUAUGCGCCCGUCGACCGCCACCGCACGACGAUAGAGAGAGAGAGAGAGGGGUUUUGGAUGGAUUUAGAGCGCAGUGAAAUAUGCCCAGGAGACGGAAUGGGGAGAUACCGCUUCCGGACGGUUGGGAUGUCGCCCAUGACUUCGACGGGAAGGUGUACUUCAUCGAUCACAACACGCGGAAGACUACGUGGAUCGAUCCACGAGAUAGAUUUACUAAACCACAGACAUUCGCGGAUUGUAUCGGGAACGAGCUUCCCCUCGGCUGGGAGGAGGCCUACGAUAAACACGUGGGCGCCUACUACAUCAAUCAUGUCAAUCAGACAACCCAACUGGAAGAUCCAAGGCAAGAAUGGCGAGCUAUUCAAGAGGCCAUGCUUCGUGACUAUAUGCAGACUGCACAUGAUGUACUCGAGGAGGUGAACUGAGGGCAUGCCGCGAAAUUCCCACGUGCUGCCGGG